AUGGAUGCGAACCGGGUAGACAUCCAGUUUCGUAAACACAUUGGAAACGCCAAAAAAGAUGUUGACUAUGAGGGCUUCGUCAGCUUCAUAGAAGGUGCACUUUCCGAAGCCUACGCAAGUGCACACAAAAUCAGCAAGGAGGAGGCUAUCAAACAAAUUAAGGAAAAAAUCGCAAAAGGCAACCCGAAUUUGAACAAUGCUACCCAGGUGGCCAAAAAUGAAGACGUAGACCGUCUCACCGAUGUUGCACAUUACACUGGUGCUCAUAAAGAAAGGUUCGAUGCAGAAACGGGAAAAGGCAAAGGCAUUGCUGGCCGAGAGGAAUUGGCUGAAAAUACGGGAUAUGUGCAAGGGUAUAAGAAUAAGAACACCUAUGAUGACAAGCAUAAGUAA